CACAGGUAAACUGAAACUAAAAGUGACAUGUCCCCAUUUCUGAAUGCUGUAAACCAAAGCUUAGAAGUUCUGUCUUAUUAAUCGGUCUGUUUUAGAAACCAGGAUGUCCCACACAGUCAUUCCCGUGAACUCUUCAACACUCAUCAUCCAGUUUCAACCAGUAACACAAACAGCUCCUAUUACGACACGAACAAAUGCUCCUGGACCUGUUUGUGUACAACAGGAGACAGGAGCCUCACCUCUUCAUGGACUUCAGGCAUUUCUGAAAGGACAACCGAAAGCCCUUGGGACGGUCCAGAUAAUGAUUGGUGUGAUGACUCUACUGUUUGGCAUUGUGUUGAAAGUUUAUGCUGAAUCCAUCUUUGUCUAUAGUGGUAUUCCUUUCUGGGGAUCUCUCAUCUACAUUAUCUCAGGCUCACUCUGCAUUGCUGCAGAAAAUAAAUCUCAUUCACCCUCCAGUUUGUGUUUGAUGAAGGCUUCACUUGGACUGAACAUUUUCUGUAUUACAACCGCAGUCAUUGCCAUUACUUUAGUUACACUGGAUUUGGCUUUAGGGUCAAUCAACAUUUACUGCAGCAGUUAUAACUGUCGUGAUUUAGACAGAAAGUAUGAGAAUCUCUUCAGGGGAAUCAGAGGAGUAUUGCUGUUAUUUGCCUUGCUAGAGUUUAUCAUCUCCAUCUAUCUGGCAGCACUUGCCCGUAAAAGUAUCGCCUGCAGUUCUCGUCCUCAGGUGCAGUUUGUUUCUCUACCACCAGAGCCCUCUGAUUUCAGGCCCUUUCAUUUCCAUGAUCUUCAAAGUUCAGAGAGACCUGUGGCCAGCAGCUCUUCCUUUCAUGGCCAACCUGCAGAUGCUCCUCCACAAUAUAGUGAAAUAUGAAUUUAA